AAACCAACCGUUAGGGUCAAUCUUGCAAUUUCCACGCAACCCCAAGGGCAUACUCAAGACGCGCCGAAAUUUCGGAGUCCCAGACAGGAUUUCGCCACCCGAAACAGAGCUCGAACACCAACACCCACAAAAUGACCCUCCUACCUACCACUCUAUUCAAAUUUCAAACCCAUUUCCAUCGCCAUUCCCCAAAAACCCCAGGGGCACAUUCGUCAAUCCAAUCCCUACCCACAAUAAUAAUUAUAAAUUCUUCAGGGCCAUAAAUUCAAAUUUCCGGAUAGAAAAAGCAAGCCCGGCUGGGUGUCUGUCCAAAACCCAAACGCUCCUGCGAAACGCACCGCUCCCUGCUUUAAACCGCUUGUACUCUAAGGCUCGGCGCUUUUGGCCGCUUGUACCUCGCGCUUAAAUUUCGGUUGCAAUAUUUACACGGGCGGUGCUACAGUGCGCCGAGAGCAACCUUUGCGUUUUCUCUCCGAUACAAAGCGGAGUUGAAAACUCCGGAUUUAGGGUUUUAGCGGGUCGGGUGCGGAGCUCCGAAGCCCUAACCAGAGCUAUUUCUGGUUCUGCUCGGCGGUGCAUUUUAGAGAGAGAGUGAGGAUGGAAAUGGAGGAAGAUAUGGAGGUUGAGCAAGUUUUAAUGGCGCAGGAAGUGGACAUUGACUACGAGUACGAUGCAGCUCGGUACUUCGACUUUGCUAGGCAGGAGACUCCGGCUGAGGCUCGCCGCGCCGAGCUCUGGUUCGAGUCCGCCAAGAGCUACCCGCCGUCUCCUGUUGUGACAAGGUUAAUACUUGGACUGGAAACCCUCCUGGAAAAUGUAAACGCCUCGCCGAAAUCCUAUGCGGAGACUGCAAAUGACGGCAAUUGUGAUAUCGGUGUGGGCACAGAACCAUGUGCAAUGGAUGUAAAUAGCAGAGCUGAAGGAAUGAAUAGAGGGAUCUUUGGAAAUUUACAAAAAGUUUUAAAUCAACCAAAUGGAGCUGGUACAGGGGUGACAUUCAACAGUUACUUAAACGGUGAUAAGCUUAAAGGUAAAAGUAACACUUCUGUAAAGCCAUCUUUCCCCAGGAGCUCAACUUUGAUGAAGCCUACUGCAAGUCAGCUCGCUAAGCAAAAUCUGAAGUCUCAAAAUGGCGGUUCCAGAUUCCAGAUGCUGCAUGUUCAAAACAAUGAGAAGAGCUUAUGUAGUUCUUCUGGGGUUGGAAGUCAAGCUCCCAAAAGACAGAAGCUAGAUGGAGGACACUUGCAUAAGCAUACUGAUGCGAAGGAGCAAACUAAUUUUGUCCACAAGGUGCCUAAAAAGGAUGAAACUUUUGACAAAACCACUGUGCAUGCUAGGUUGAGACUUACUAUUCCAAGAGAGCCUGACUUUGAAACGGCACAUAGGGCACACAGGAUUAGGCCUAACAAUGGAUCAAUGUUAGAACAAGUGACAUCAACUCAUCGAAAAUUCAAAGCUCGUCCAUUGAACCGAAAAAUUUUCGAGGCUCCUUCAUUGCCACUCCCAACAAGGAGCACUCCAAAGUUGCCAGAAUUUCAAGAGUUUCACCUCAAGACAAUGGAAAGGGCUAUGCAAAAUGCAUCGGCUGUUUCAUCAUCCUCACAUCAUCUCAACGAUCAUGGCAAGGAUUUGGAAAAACCUAGUAUUUCUACCGUCGUGGAAAACAGAAAAGGAGAAUCCAGAAGACCAAGUACAGUGGAAUGUCCUAAGCAAGAUAGAAAUACAGGAAUGCAAACAUUUAAAGCUCGUCCUCUUAACAAAAUGAUAUUUUCUAGCAAAGGGGAUAUUGGUGUUUUCUGCAAUAGUAAGCGGGAAACCACUGUACCAAUGGAAUUUAAUUUUCUGACAGACAGGAGAGUACAGCAAUUUCCGCCAACUGACCUUUUUAGUAAGCUCUCUUUGACAACUGAGCUCCAGCAGAAUAAUGGAUCAUCAGUGAAACUUUCCCAGCCUACAUCUUUGUCUACGAAGGACUCAAAAGAAAACAGAUCGACUUUUUUCCAACAAGAACGUAAGAUAAAAGAAAAACCUUCUCUGUUUGGUGGAAAGCAGGCUCAAGACAGGUGCACGACGGAUGCUGAUAAGAAACUGAGGAUGAGGAGGUUGGGCGUCCGUUGACGUUAAAGAGUGGCAUCUACAUGGGAAUCAGAUUUUGGUAUCUUCUAUCAAAAUAGAAGGUUGGAAAUAUGUUUACCAUUGAUGGUUAUACAACUCCGCAAAAAGAUUAUCAAGCACUUUUGUUGUAAAUGGAAUCCACAAUGGCUGGUCUUCUUUCAAAUAUAUGUAAAACCAGCUCUUUUUUCUUUUCAUUUCCCCGAUUUGUAGGUUUCAGUUGAAAUCCAAUAAAACGUAGAAAGGCAGGUGUUGUAUGGCUGUUAAGGCCACCUCUUACAACAUUUUUGGCGGCACCACCAACACAUGUAAUUGUGAUUAGCCAAGAAAUAUACACAAUUUGGAGUA